GGACAUGUACAUAGUUGCUCAGGCCAUUGGGACGCCAAUAGUGUGGCCUAAGGAUUUUGUCAUUAUAUCUGAAGAUGUAACUCAUGAGACUCCCUCUACAAGUAGGACCAAAUCACAACGACCAAGAGCUCCAUCAACACAACAACCUCGAGAAAGAAGACGACAACAAACUCCUCCAACACAAUUGGCCCACACUCCAUUGGAACGAUUACAGAAUAUCGUAUCUCAUUGGGAUGAUGGCGAGUGUGUCAAUCUAGGCAUAGAGUCUGAAGUUUUUGAUCAGGAUAUGUCUCACUGUUAUAUAUUUAAGGAUGACAUACUUUAGUUUGCUCGAAAGGAGAAGAUUGGACAAGCAGUAC